UGAGUGCAUGAUAAGCUCGAUCGAUAAAAAUUAAUCAUUUGAUUAUCAAUGUGAUUACAGGUAGCCCUAGCUGUGUGUGUGUGUGUGUGUAUGUGGAAAAACACAGUGGUCCUAGCGAGAUUCUCGAGUAUAAAUUUUGGUCCAGAAACCGUUUUGAAAUCAUUCGAAUCAUAGCAUUCUAUUUGACAACAACAGUCAAUUUAAAACUUCAAGAGAACAAUUUUGGUUAUUAAACCUAUUACCAAUUAUUCUCUUCAAAACAAUCAUGUCCCGAAUUCAAUCCAUUUCAUUCCUUUUGGUUUGCUCGAUUAUCGGUAAUGUUGUGACGGCACCGAUUACCGAUCCGAACAAUAAUAAACAAGCUAUACUCAACUAUGGCCGAAUUUUGAACAGAGAUAUUAGCCGAAAAUUGGUGAACAAUAUCUAUACAUUCAAUGGUCAAGUUCGCCAAUAUGCUGGUAAUAUUCGUAGCGAUUCCGCUUUAUACGAAUUGGUUGUACCGAUGCAAUUUACUUCAAACCUCGGUAAUAUGGUUGCUCCAUAUGUCGUCCGUCGUUUUAUUUCAAAACCAUUUGAAGUUGCUGUAGAAAAUGUUGCUAAAUGGGUGGAUCAUAUCAGUUCAUCAUCAAAAUUGGUUUCCGACUACAUUGCCACUGCAAUGGGUAAUGUUCCAAAAAAUCGACGGCCAUAAAGAAUCUAUGAAUUUGUCAGAAAUUGCUGAAUUUUGUAUUUUUUUUCAUUUGAAUUAUAAGUACGAUUUUUAAUCAUAUCUAAUUUUUUCUAUUUGUAUGUAUGUAAAUUAAAUUUCAUAUAUUCAACUUUAACCCUCUCAUUUCAAUUUUC